CCGUCUUUUUCGAAGCUGUCCUCACUUCCUGGAACACUUUGAGCACGCUAGGAAGCAGCCAUGGCAGCGCACAGUGUCAGUGCACUCCUCCAAACUCCAUCGUCACAUGCAGGCCCAUGCUCCAAGCUUGAUGAGCCUUGCGCUUCGGCGAUCGACCUCCCUGUGCUCCCCCCAACAACCUCCAACACCCUCCAACUGUACUGUCUGUGCAUGUACUCUGGGCAUGACGCACCCGCACCGCAGUGCUCGCAAUCGAAUCAUCAGAAUAUAUUGCCGACCUGCCACGCCUGCUGCAUCUCCACCUGCUGCCAUUGGGAUCUGAUAUCAACCGCGUGCGGCGCGUCCCAGCAGAACGAAUGAUGAACUCAUUCAACCUCACACUUAGUACAGGAGGUGCCUGACGAUUGACCUGACGGGAGGAGGAUAC